GAAAACAACAGAUCACAGCGAUCCUUCCUUUCGAGAAGACAUCUUCCAGCUUAAGGGAUAUUUAUCUUAGGCUCAUUUCUCUACUAUAAAAGCUCGAAGCUUUUGCCUUGUUUACAACAUUCGCUGACCAACUACAGCACAAGUUCCAUCGCCUUUUAUAUUUCUCGCAAACAAAAACUCAAAAUGGUAUCCACCCGCCUUGUUCUCGCCGUGGUUGCUGCCCUCUUCAUCCUCGCCAUCAGUGUAGAUGCCGCUUACAGGAAGCCUCCUUUCAAUGGAAGCAUUUUCGGCAAGAGAUCCAACACCAUCACUGAUUACGAAAUCACAAGCCGAGCCAUGUCGUCGGUCUGCGAAGUCGUCAGCGAGACAUGCAACGCUUGGCUGUCACGUCAGGACUCCAACUAAAGAUACCGAACCAAGAUUCCAGCAUCAAAUUCUAAUAUCUAUCGCUUAAUAUACGUUAUCUGUACGUCUAAUAGUGUGAAACAUGCUGAUAUUUGAUUCAACGAUCACUCUAUCGCUUUGAAAUUCGUCGCAUCGUCCAGAUCACUCGUCCUCGUAGGCUUAAAUCUCAUUAUCGAUAUUAAUUAAUAAUUCUGUAAAUGUUUCUGAUAUAAUAAAGUCUGAUAUUCCUUCAAAUUA